GUUAAGUCUAACCUAAAAAUCGUCAUGUCAAGGAUUUGAUAAAUAUGUUAAAAACAAAUGUUAAUUUAUUAAAAUGUGUCAGUUACAACAUUUUUAACAAAAAUAUUAGCAAAAAGUUAUUUUGCAAUGCUAUAGUCAGAAAGUAUUCUGAAACUAAAGUUAAGGCUGAAACCAAAGAAGAUGUUGAUUUUACGAAAAUUCCUGUUGAAAGGAUCAGGAAUUUUAGUAUUAUAGCUCAUAUUGAUCAUGGAAAAAGUACAUUGGCUGAUAGAUUAUUAGAAUCGACAGGUGCUAUCAAAGUAAACUCAGGGCAGAAUCAAGUAUUGGACAAACUGCAAGUAGAACGGGAACGAGGAAUUACUGUAAAGGCACAAACAGCUUCAUUAUUAUAUAAAUAUGAUGGUGAAGAAUAUUUACUAAACCUGAUAGAUACUCCAGGUCACGUAGAUUUUUCCAAUGAGGUAUCCAGGUCAUUAUCAGCUUGUCAAGGGGUUGUACUGUUGGUUGAUGCAAACAGUGGGGUACAGGCCCAAACGGUAGCCAACUUCUAUCUGGCAUUCGGCAAUGAUUUAACAAUUAUACCAGUGUUAAAUAAAAUUGACUUAAAAAACGCCGACCCUGAAAGAGUUUGUAGUCAAUUAGAGUCUUUAUUUGAUAUUAAUCCAGAAGAAGUCAUUAAGGUGUCAGCAAAGUUAGGAAAAAAUAUUGAUGAAGUACUGAAAGCUGUGGUGGAACGUGUACCAACACCAGUUGUAGACAGGUCCGCUCCGUUUAGAGGGUUGCUCUUUGAUAGUUCCUUUGAUAGAUAUAGAGGCGUUUUAUCUCUGAUCUAUGUUAAAGAUGGAACUGUCAAAGUUGGAGACUUGAUGUCGUCGUAUCACACGAAAAAGUCCUACGAAAUAAAAACGUUGUCAUUACUGAGACCACAUGAAGUUCCUGUUGAAAAGCUUGUUGCAGGUCAGAUAGGUUUAGUGGGUUGUAACAUGAGGUCUAGUAAAGAAGCUUUAAUCGGCGACACGUUCCACAUAACUAAUGAGGUAAUCGAGCCUUUGCCCGGUUUCCAACCUGCCCGUCCUAUGGUCUUCGCCGGUAUAUAUCCCAUGGAUCAGUCCCAGCAUGUCAACCUGCGAAGCGCUAUAGAAAAAUUAACAUUAAACGACUCGGCCGUGUCUGUGGACGUUGACACAAGUCCUGCUCUAGGUCUUGGUUGGCGAUUGGGUUUUUUGGGGCUUUUGCAUUUGGAAGUGUUCACCCAAAGGCUGGAACAGGAGUAUGAUGUUGACGCAAUUAUAACGGCACCUUCAGUAACUUACAAGGUGAAACUGAAGCCCACAAAGCAGAAUAUUAAACAAGGAAAUCAGGAGAUUUUUGUUAACAAUCCCGCGUUGUUUCCGGAGCAUAUCACCAUUGAAGAGACUUAUGAACCUAUUGUUAUUGGAACAAUAAUAACACCAGAUAGAUAUCUAGGCCCAGUAAUUUCCCUUUGUAUGGAACGUCGUGGUGUCCAGAAAAACGCCACCAAUAUUGAUAAUGAGAGAGUGAUGCUGCAGUAUGAAUUACCGCUGUGCGAGAUCGUUGUAGACUUUCAUGACACCCUCAAGACCAUAUCCUCCGGUUACGCCAGUUUUGAUUACGAAGAUGCUGGUUAUCAACAAAGCAAUUUAGUCAAGUUGGCAAUUUUACUAAACGGUAAACCUGUUGACGAACUGAGUACAAUUGUCCAUAUAACAAAGGCGCAAACGAUGGGAAGACAAAUGGUGCUAAAAUUAAAAGAUAUAAUUCCAAGACAGAUGGUUCAUAUAGCAGUUCAAGCUGCGGUUAAUGGAAAAAUCAUGGCUAGGGAGAAUAUUAAGGCCUUUAGAAAGGAUGUUACUGCUAAACUGUAUGGAGGUGAUGUAACAAGGAGGAUGAAGUUGUUAGCUCAACAGGCUGCUGGCAAGAAAAAAAUGAGAAUGAUUGCCAACAUUCAGUUACCUAGAGAUACCUUUAUUGAUGUUUUGAAAAAAUAAACUUUUAUAUGUUA